AGACCGGCAUAGACAGAUUAUGAUGAUAUUGCGGGAAACGUGUUGUGAGAUCUGCUUUUGAAUGUUUUCCAUUUGCCAAGUACGGCCCCUCAGUUUUCGGCGUCGUAUGGCAAUGAGAGGACACGAGAUCAGUGAUGCAACUUGGCUGAUAAUAUCGUAUUAGAGCGUAACAAUUGUCUAUGUUUAAACCCACCGCGGAGAACGUGGUCGUUUAUGAGCGCAAGGUAAUUUAGCUCGCCAUGUUUCGCCAGACGAAGGCGGUGCUCGAGAAACUUCGACAUGUCCGUUUAAAGGGCCAGCAUCUGUCUUGGCGACAAAGGAGCAGUGCAGCAGCUGGAGAGAAGGCCCUUCAGUACUCAGCAGGUCAACAAAUCCAUGGAUUUACAGUUAAAGCGGUUGUUGCGGUCCCUGACUUGUUCCUCACUGCCGUCAAGUUGACUCACGACAAAACUGGAGCUCAGUACCUGCACGCAGCCAGGGAUGAUCCCAACAACCUCUUCAGCGUGCAGUUCCGGACCACCCCCAUGGACAGCACGGGGGUCCCCCACAUCCUGGAGCACACUGUGCUGUGCGGGUCACAAAAGUAUCCGUGCAGAGAUCCUUUCUUCAAGAUGCUCAACAGGUCGCUGUCCACCUUCAUGAAUGCCUUCACAGCCAGCGACUACACAAUGUAUCCAUUCUCCACUCAGAAUGCAAAAGACUUCCAGAAUCUUCUGUCGGUCUACCUGGAUGCCGUGUUCUUCCCAUGCUUACGGGAGCAGGACUUUUGGCAGGAGGGCUGGAGGCUGGAGAACGAAGACCCAACCAACUCCAGCUCGCCUCUGGUCUUCAAAGGGGUGGUUUUCAACGAGAUGAAAGGAGCUUUUUCGGACAACGAGAGCGUGUACGCUCAGCAUCUCCAGAACAAACUUUAUCCUGACCACACAUACUCGGUGGUGUCCGGUGGAGAGCCGCUGGCCAUUCCUGACCUCACCUGGGACCAGCUCAAGCAGUUCCACGCCACGCAUUACCACCCCAGCAAUGCCAGGUUCUUCACGUAUGGAGACCUUCCUCUGGAGCAACACCUGAAGCAGAUCGACCAGGAGACGCUGUCCAAGUUUCAACGAAUCAACCCUAACACCCAAGUCCCAUCUCAGCCACACUGGAGAAACCCCAGGGAAGACCACGUGACCUGCAGUCCCGAUGCUAUGGCUCCCGACGCUUCUCGACAGAACACGCUGUGUGUUAGCUACCUGCUGGGAGACAUCACCGACACCCUCGAAGCCUUUACCCUAAGCCUGCUUUCUUCUCUGAUGACGUCCGGUCCCAACGCUCCCUUCUACAAAGCUCUUAUCGAACCCAAAAUUGGCACCGACUUCUCCUCUGUGGUCGGAUACGACGGCAGCACCAAGGAGGCGUCUUUCAGCAUCGGCCUGCAGGGGAUGGCAGAGGAGGACACGGAGAAGGUCAAGAGCAUCAUACAUCAAACCAUCAGCGAGAUCAUCGAGACUGGUUUCGAAGACGAGAGGAUCGAGGCGCUCCUGCACAAGAUCGAGAUCCAGAUGAAGCACCAGUCCACCAACUUUGGACUCUCUUUGGCCUCGUACAUCGCGUCCUCAUGGAACCAUGACGGUGACCCGGUGGAACUUCUACAGAUCAAUGACAGCGUCCUCAAAUUCAGACGAGCCCUGGAGGAGAACCCGUGCUUCCUCCAGGACAAAGUCCAAUACUACUUUAAGGAGAACACCCACCGACUAACCCUCUCCAUGAGCCCUGAUGAGUCCUACCUUGACAAACAGGCCUCGGCCGAGGAGAAGAAACUCCAGGAAAAGAUUGGCACUCUCUCUGACAGUGACAGGAAGGAUAUUUAUGAGAAAGGUCUUCAGCUGUUGGACGCUCAAAGUAAAUCACAGGAUGCCUCAUGUCUGCCUGCGCUCAAAGUGUCCGACAUCACGCCCACCAUACCCGUCACUCCUAUACACAUGACCAAAGCAGGCGGUGUUCCGCUGCAGCUGUGCGAGCAGCCCACCAACGGCUUAGUGUACUUCCGGGCCAUGUGCAGCCUUAACACGCUUCCCGAGGACCUGAAGCUCUAUGUGCCGCUCUUCUGCAGCAUCAUCACCAAGAUGGGGUGUGGCUCCCUGGACUACCGUCAGCAGGCCCAGCAGAUGGAACUGAGGACUGGGGACAUGUCCAUGUCUCCACAAGUAAUCCCUGACUGCACCCACCUGGACAUGUUCGAGCAGGGCAUCCUCCUCUCCUCCUCCUGCUUGGAGAGGAACCUCCCUAACAUGUUCCAGCUGUGGGGGGACAUCUUCAACAGCCCCCGCUUUGACGACCAAGAGCGUUUGCGGGUGCUGGUGAUGAUGUCUGCACAGGAGCUGGCCAAUGGAAUCUCCUACUCCGGCCACAUGUAUGCCAUGACGCGGGCCGGACAUCACCUGACGCCAGCCGGAGAACUCUUAGAAACAUUUGAUGGGAUGGAGCAGGUGAAGUUCAUGAAGAGGAUAGCAGAGAUGUCGGACUUGACCCCGGUUAUCCGCAUGCUGCCCCGGAUCAAGAAGCACCUCCUGAACCCCAACAACAUGAGGUGUGCCAUCAACACCACGCCUCAGCAGGCGUCCGAGUCUGUGGCCCACCUGGAGAGUUUCAUGAAGGACGUAGCCGCCAACAGGAAGCAGUUCAAAGCCGUGCGAUCAAAUGUCAUCGAGAGGCCGCUAGAUGUCCUCAACGUCUCUGGAGCAAGCAGGAAGAUCGUUGCUGAGCCAAAUUUCCAGCCUUGUCACAUGAAGACAUUCUUCCAGUUGCCAUUCCCUGUCAACUUUGUCAGCGAGUCUAUCCGCACCGUCCCUUACAGCCACCAAGACUACGCCAGUCUUUGCGUGUUGGGAAGGAUGAUGACGGCCAAGUUCCUCCACGGAGAGAUCCGAGAGAAGGGCGGGGCCUACGGUGGUGGAGCCAAGAUGGGUGGAGGGGGCCUGUUCUCUUUUUACUCUUACAGGGAUCCCAACUCCGUCCAGACACUUUCCGCAUUCAGCAAAGGUGUCGACUGGGCCAAGUCGGGCAAGUUCAACCAGCAGGACAUCGACGAAGCCAAGCUGUCCGUCUUCUCCGCCGUCGACUCGCCUGUGGCGCCCUCCAGCAAAGGAAUGUCCGUGUUCCUGAGUGGAAUUACAGACGAAAUGAAGCAGCGACACCGAGAACGACUCUUUAACGUCACCCGGGAAAACCUGCUGGCCGUGGCUGAGAGGUACCUGAGCGUCGGGAGCAAGUUGUGCGCCGUUUCCAUCCUGGGCCCGGAGAAUGACGCCAUCAAGAAAGAUCCAUCGUGGGUGGUGAAAUAAAUGAUAUGUGAUGUGUGUGGAAAACAUUAUGUACAUAUUUAUGCAACAAGGCUAAUAAAUUAUCAUGUUGGAAUAGAAAUCCACAAACUA